AUGGAGGGCACAGCAGGGACAGCCCCGGGCGGCUCCUGCGGCUCCGGGAACGGCACCGCCGGGGGGGACACCGGGGACACCGGGGGGGACACCAUGAGUGACACCGGGGAGCUCUCGGCCGCCUUCGUCACCUGCCCCAACCUCAGCGUGGCCACCGAGCUGGCCAGGUCCCUGGUUCGGCACCGUUUGGCCGCCUGCGUGAACGUCAUCCCCGGAGUGACCUCGGUGUACACGUGGCAGGGCCGGCUGGAGGAGGACAGCGAGGUGCUGCUGAUGAUCAAGACCCGCAGCUCCCGGGUGCCGGCGCUGAGCGACUUCGUGCGGAGCCACCACCCGUACGAGGUGCCCGAGGUGGUGGCGCUGCCGGUGGCGCAGGGGAACCCGCCGUACCUGCGCUGGGUGCGCGACAGCGUGCCCCCCUGA